ACUACAAGACAAUGCUGAAAGGAAUUCAAGACACCAAAAAAUGGAAAGACAUCCUGUGUUCAAGGACUGUCAACACUACCCAAAGUGAUCUACAGAUUCAAUGCAACCCCUAUCAAAAUCCCAAUGUUUUUUGCAGAAACAGAAAAAUCCAUCAGAAAAUCCGCAUGGAAUUUCAAGGAACCCUAAAUAGCCAAAACAAUGUUGAAAAAAGAACAAAGCUGGAGGUCACAAAGUUGGAGGCCUCACAUUCCCAAUUUCUGAAUUUAUUACAACCAUGCAUUGCACUAGCACAAGUUCCUCUUCACCUCUUGCUUUGGGCCUCCUGCCUCACCUCUCCUCGAAAUGGACCCCAACUGCUCCUGCCCCACUGGUGGCUCCUGCACCUGCGCUGGCUCUUGCAAAUGCAAAAACUGCAGAUGCACCUCCUGCAAGAAGAGCUGCUGCUCCUGCUGCCCGUGGGCUGUGGCCGGUGUGCGUAGGGCUGUGUCUGCAAAGAAGCAGCUGCUAUGCGUGAUGUCAGGGAGAGCCUGCUCCCAGUAA